AUGUUUCCAGGUAACGGUGGUCAGACUUAUCACAACCAACAACAAGCCAAUGGGUUUUCAAGGCCCGGAGCUCCCCCUCCAGGGUACUCAGGCUCUUCGUCGCAGCAGUACUCGAGGCCUGCCGUUCCACCUCCUUCAGGGAGUAGCCAGAGCAGUUACUCGCGUCCAGCUGCACCACCAGCUGGUCCACCGCCAGGAUAUGGUGGCCAAGGGUAUGCGCGUCCUCCUGCGGGUCCUCCACCUGGCCAAAGUAGCCAAGGGUCGUAUUCACGUCCCUCUGCCCCUCCGCCAUCUGGUCGCAACGACAUUCAACAGAACCAUAAUAGCGGUGGCAAUAUUCAAGGUCCUAGUGGAUAUCAACAGCCUAACAUGCUAGCAGCACCUCCACAGCAGACGCAAUACGUGGACCAAACUCAAAACCAGGUUGCGUACCAGUAUUCGCAAUGUACUGGUAGACGCAAGGCUUUACUGAUCGGUAUUAAUUACAUUGGAUCUCAAAACGAGCUACGAGGGUGCAUUAAUGACGCGCAUAACAUGUUCAACUUUUUAACUUCCCGCUAUGGCUAUCGUAAAGAGGACAUCGUGAUCCUCACUGAUGAUCAACAACAGCCUGCUGCUAUUCCCACGAAGGCUAACAUGCUACGUGCCAUGCAAUGGCUUGUAAAUGGAGCACAGCCUAACGACGCGCUAUUUUUCCAUUACUCAGGCCACGGAGGGCAGACUGAAGAUCUUGACGGGGACGAAGAGGAUGGCAUGGAUGACGUUAUAUACCCCGUGGACUUUCAAUCCCAAGGUCCAAUCAUUGACGAUGAUAUGCACAAUAUAAUGGUCAAGCAAUUACCUGCGGGGGUAAGAUUGACUGCGUUAUUCGAUUCCUGUCACUCUGGUACUGUAUUAGACUUACCUUACACGUAUUCCACCAAAGGUGUGAUCAAGGAACCAAAUUUGUGGAAAAACGUUGGACAAGAUGGUCUGCAAGCCGCAAUGGCCUAUGUAACUGGUAAUGGAACGGAUUUGGCGAGUUCCCUGGGUUCAAUGUUUACCACUGUAACCAAGCGUGUGGGACGUGGUGAUGUUGACCGCGAACGUAUUAAACAAAUCAAGUUCUCGGCCGCCGAUGUGAUCAUGUUCAGUGGAUCAAAGGAUAAUCAGACUUCGGCAGAUGCUGUGGAAAAUGGACUUGCUACUGGUGCAAUGUCCUAUGCAUUUGUCAAAGUACUAUCUACGCAGCCACAACAAAGCUAUUUGAGCAUGCUACAGAACAUGAGAUACGAGUUGAGCAGCAAAUACACGCAAAAGCCACAGCUUUCAAGUUCUCAUCCUAUCAAUGUGAACCUACAAUUUUUGAUGUAA